AUGAUAAAAAUCAAAAAAAAUAAAGAUUUCAUAGGGACACUUAGAAAUAUCCUAGAAGUAUAUUUAUUUUUAAUAAAGAAUGAAGAUUAUUAAGGGAUAAUUUAAUUGUUGGAAGAGAAAAAUGGUUUUAAAAUUUUGGAUCUAGAAUAAUUUAAAUCUGGUAUUUUAGUUAAGCAUUUCACACAUAAUAAUUAUUCAAGUUUUAGACGGUAUUUCAUUUUUUAAUCAUCUAGAUAACUUAAUUUAUAUGGGUUUUAAUCUCAUAAAUCUAAUAAAAAUGAAAUCCUUUAUACAAAUGAUACUUUCAAUUUUGAAAGAGAUAAAAAAUUGAAGAAAUAGCGUAAAGCGGACAUAUAAACCGAAAAUAUUGAAUUAGAGUAGAAAAGAUAAUUGAAUUAACUCUUAUAGCUUUAAUAAAAUUAGAAACAAAUGAUGGAAUAAAUACAGACAAUAAUAACCACUUAAAAAGAAUUAAAAGAAAAAAUGAAAUCUCAGUUAUCUGUAAAGAUUAUAAUAGAUUAGAAUUAUGUAUAAAAAAGGUUCGUGUCAGAUUAAAGAGAUAAAUUCCUAUUCCUUGCUUUGUCAUUAUAUACUAACAUUGA